UUUCCGGCGUCGUGGGUGAGACAGGCAGCCCGGGCCGCCCAGGCAGCGCGCUGCAGUGCCGUCCCGGAGCUCGCCCGGACCCCGAAGGCUGCCGUUACCUCGCCGGGCACUGCGGCGCCAUGAGCAGCGCGGGACUGAAUUCGGAGAAGGUAGCCGCUCUGAUUCAGAAACUGAAUUCCGACCCUCAGUUCGUACUUGCCCAGAAUGUCGGGACCACCCACGACCUGCUGGACAUCUGUCUGAAGAGGGCAACGGUACACGGUGUUCAGCAUGUAUUCCAACACGCUGUGUCUCAGGAAGGCAAACCAGUCACCAACCAGAAGAGCUCAGGGCGAUGCUGGAUCUUUUCCUGUCUGAACGUUAUGAGACUUCCAUUCAUGAAAAAAUUAAAUAUUGAAGAAUUUGAGUUUAGUCAAUCAUAUCUAUUUUUCUGGGACAAGGUUGAACGGUGUUAUUUCUUCUUAAAUGCGUUUGUGGACACAGCCCAGAAAAAGGAGCCUGAGGAUGGGAGGCUGGUGCAGUAUUUGCUUAUGAAUCCUGCAAAUGAUGGUGGACAGUGGGAUAUGCUUGUCAAUAUUGUUGAAAAAUAUGGUGUUGUUCCCAAGAAGUGUUUUCCUGAGUCUUACACAACAGAGUCAACCAGAAGAAUGAAUGAGAUUCUGAAUCACAAGAUGAGAGAAUUCUGUAUACGACUACGGAACCUGGUACACAGUGGAGCAACCAAAGGAGAAAUCUCAGCUGUACAAGACGUCAUGAUGGAGGAGAUAGUCCGAGUGGUGUGCAUCUGUUUAGGUAAUCCACCAGAGACAUUCACCUGGGAGUAUCGAGAUAAAGAUAAAAAUUAUCAGAAGAUUGGCCCCAUAACACCGUUGGAGUUUUAUAGGGAACAUGUCAAGCCACUCUUCAAUAUGGAGGAUAAGAUUUGUUUAGUGAAUGACCCUCGGCCCCAGCACAAGUACAACAAACUUUACACAGUAGACUACUUAGGCAAUAUGGUUGGAGGGAGAAAAACACUAUACAACAACCAGCCUGUUGACUUCUUGAAAAAAAUGGUUGCUGCCUCCAUCAAAGAUGGAGAGGCUGUGUGGUUUGGCUGUGAUGUUGGCAAACACUUCAAUGGCAAGCUAGGCCUCAGUGACAUGAACAUCUAUGACCAUGAAUUAGUGUUUGGUGUCUCCUUGAAGAACAUGAGCAAAGCUGAAAGGUUGACUUUUGGUGAGUCACUGAUGACCCAUGCCAUGACCUUCACUGCUGUCUCAGAAAAGGAUGAUCAGGAUGGAGCAUUCAUGAAAUGGAGAGUGGAGAAUUCAUGGGGUGAAGACCAUGGCCACAAAGGUUACCUGUGCAUGACAGAUGAAUGGUUCUCUGAGUAUGUCUACGAGGUGGUGGUGGACAGGAAGCAUAUCCCUGAAGAGGUGCUAGCUGUGUUAGAGCAAGAACCCAUUGUCCUGCCAGCCUGGGACCCCAUGGGGGCUUUGGCCGAAUGAUACUGCCUCUACUUCCUUCCUCCUCCCAUGGGACCUGAAGUAGCUGCAAAGGACAGAUCCAGGGACUGAAGCCAAAGUUACACAGGUGACUGUGUGUUCGUACAGGACACAGUUUUCCAUUCUCCUCCAGGAACCUCUUUGAGGAAGUGUGCUUUAUGCGGAAACAAAAUAUUCUUAAAGAGAAAAAAAAAAAAACAGGAAAGAUAAGAUCAUACCGUCUACUCUCAUCUCCAACAGCUCAGGAUCUCUUAGCAUUUUAAUUACAUGUAAUUGUCAUAACUCUGUCAAAAAGGUUUGGUUAAGUGUCUGUGUUUUAAUAAGACAGGAAAAGAUGAGCAAUUGAGGUGUAUGGAGAGAAAACGAACCUGCUGCUCCUUGUUCCAGGAGUGGAGUGGAAGAGGGGUGUUAUCCGACGAUUCAAGCUCUCAAAAGCACAUGCUGCCUGACAGCAUCACUGUCCUUCCUACAUGGCAGUCACUGAACUGAAUUUUUUCCAAGGCAAUUUUGUGUGCCUCUAGUAGCUCGAUGGUAACGGGUUUGUCUUGUUUGUUUGUUUGUUUGUUUAAGCCCAAGAAUGAGAGGUUGAUCAAGUCUGAUAGGAUUCCUUCCCAUUGUCCUGAACUGUGGGGGAGCACAGCUCUGCUUGAGUCAGGUUUAAAGUUGGGUGAGAGAACAACCAAAAACCUUAUCAUGAUCUGAAUGAUAAACAUUAGGGGGAGCUCUAGCCAAAUGGUUUAACUUCUGCCUUUGGAGUAGGAGGUUGGGCGGGCAGGAAAAGGUGAUAUCCAUUCUUUCUGACAACUAGAUGGUGCUGAGAAGCUUUUAAAUAAAACACUUUGCUAAAUGAGAAUAAGCUGGCUUAUUUGAUCUGCAUAUGAAGUAUUUCUUAGCUAUAAAAGAAAACAACUACGUGCUGACUCGUGUUCUUCACAGUGUUUUCACAACAGCAAGAUGGCUCAGGGCUUCUCUGCUUCAGCUUCUUUGCAGGUUAUGGGAGCCUUUCCAGCCUGCACUGACCUCACUGGCUCUGCAGUGGACUUCCAAGGACCAUAUUUUUGUGAGGGCUUGUGCCCCUGCCACUAACCAUUCUUCCACCCCUUGUAACUUCAGAUCCAGGGUGCCUACAAGAUGGGAAGUGAGACUUAGCAUGGCCCAGAGAGCAUGUAUUUUAUUGAGACCGAGCCUCCCUUUUACUGAAAGCAAAUAAGUAGAGCACCAUGGUCAGUGCUUCCAUCAGUGCCUGAGCCCUACCAUUCUGGCUCUCCAACAGUCUGCUCUCUCCUAGCAGGGGGUAGUGUCUAUCACAGCACUUUCCAAAAUAACAUUAAGUAAAGGCACAGGCUUUAACCAAAUUGUUUACAAUAUUCUAGUAAUUCUGUUUCAAGCAGGAUAAAUUCAUCCAUUUCUCGACACCUGGUGAAACUACAGAACAGAUCUUAAAAGCAUCCAGGAAGAGGACGAAUUACCUCCAAAGUAAAGACAAUUAGUUUGACAGCGAACUUCUCAUCAGCAGCUGUGUAAGCCAGAAGACAGUGAGAUAUGUCUCCAAAGUAUUAUGAGAAAUUAACUGCGAGCCUAAAAUUCUAUACUUAAUGAAACUGUCUUACAAGAACAAGAGUGAAAUAAAGACGUUUUCAGUCGAGAGCUUUUUGUGCCAAACAGAAGGAAAGUGAUCCAAUAUAGAAGGCUGGAGAAACAAGAAAGAGCUAGAGAAAAGGAAGUGAUAAAUAUUUGGGUCAUUUAAAUAAAAAGUGAAUACAGAAUAGCCUUACAGGGUUUAAGAUACAUGAAAAUAGCAGAUAAGUAGGGAAGUAAUUGGAAUUAAUAUAUUCUAAGGUAUUUGUGUCAUUGAGGAGGAAGAUAAAUGUAUUGAUUAACGUGACUGUGGUAGCUGUGAAUGGCCAGCUCUUCCACAGUAUGCCGUGCACACGAACUGUGAUGUGAAUGGGUUUCCUGGAGUUGUGCAACACAGAGCCCUGGAAGAGGUGUUUUUUUUUUUUUUAAAAAAACAUUACUAGAAACAGUCACACAUACUGAUAUGUUUGUUUAAUUCUCCAGAAAAAUAAAAAGAUUCUAAAUUAGUGUGUACCUAGUAACAUAGCCUUAAAAUACAUAAAGCAGAAAUUGACAACUAUAUUGAAUAAUAAGUAGUCCAGCAUAGUGGGAGAUUGUUAACAUAUGUCUCAAUCACUGAUAGAUCAAAAAAGAUCAAGCAACCAAAAAUUGGGACUGUAUAAAAUAUUUACAAGUCCCUGGAUGGCACAGACGGUUAAGUGUUUGACUACUAGCCAUAAGGUUAGUAGUUUGCCUACUAUAAAGCCACAAUAGUCAACACAGCCUGGUACUGGUACCACAACAGACAUGUAGACCAACGGAAUAGAAUUAAGAACCCAGGUGUAAAUCCAUCCACCUAUGGACAGCUGAUCUGUGAAAAGGAGCUCAAGUCCAUUAAAUGGGGAAAAGACAAUCUCUUUAAGAAAUGGUGCUGGCAAAACUGGAUGCCCAUUUGUAAAAAAAAAAAAAAGGACCCAUACCUCACACCAAAACGAAUCAAAGACCUAAAUAUAAAACCUAAAACUAUAAAUAUCAUGGAAGAAAAAACAGGGACAACACUAGGGGCCUAAUAUAUGGUAUAAAUAGAAUACCAAACAUAACUAAAAAUGCACAAACAGCAGAAGAUGAAUUAGAUAAAUGGGACCUCCUAAAAAUUAAACACUUAAGCUUAUCAAAAGACUUUUCCAAAAGAAUAAAAAGAGAACCUACAGACUGGUGGAAAAAAAUUGGCUAUCUCAUAUCUAAAAUAUAUAGAAAACAGCUCAACAACAAAAAGACAAUCCAAUUUAAAAAUGGGCAAAGGCAUUAGAGAAAUGCAAAUGAAAACUACAAUGAGAUACCAUCUCACCCUGACAAUACUGGCGCUAAAAAAAAAAAAAAUGU